UUAAGGUAAGAUGGCCGCCGAUAUAUCAACAUCAAAAAGAAACCAAUACAAAGGAUAAAAAAAAAUUACAAAUAAUAACAUCGUCCUACUGAAAGAACUUAUUGAAAAUGGAGAGCGAUGAUGCCGACGAUAAGAGAAAUGUUCACAAGAAAAAUGCUGAAGGUGAUCUCAAAUACGUGGUGGCUGGUGUCGUAUCGGGUCUAGUCUUGUGUCUUCUGGGAGUCAUCGUAAUGUUCUUAACAAACACCUAUGAAUACAGAUCUUUGAAAUCAAAAGAAACCAAAUCAGAGAAUGUGAGACGAUAUUUGUUGUUGCUGCUGCAUUUUUUAGUGUUAAUAACAUUUUGGUUGUGAAAGUUAUUUUGAAAAAAUAAAAAUAAAUGAUAAUCAGCUUUAAAUAUUAAAAUACAUACCCAUGGCCGACACUAGCUAGCAUAAUUGACGCCCCAAGGAAUUUCUAAAGUUUGGCUCCCCUACCUCCUAAAAUCAUAGGAGGUCAUCAACUGUUGAUAAUUUAAAAGUUGUCGCAGGAGAAGACAGAAGAUAAGGUCCUUAAAUAACAGUGUCAUUAUGACAAGUAAUAAAUAUAAUAAUCAGUAAAAUAUAAUAUAUCAGUGUAUUUUUUUUCUAUUGAACAUUAAAAUCGAAUCUGUUUAAAAACAAAAUCUAUCUAGUAAGAACAUUACUGACUUUCAGCUUGAAUUUUCUCGAGUAAAUAUUAUUAUUUUUUUAGUUUUAAAAAGUUUUAUUUUCAUAUUGACUUGAGUCGUUUUCUUCAACCUUGUGGUGGCAAAAGCAUCAAUGGCAUCGUCAUAAUCUGGUCAACAGAAAACAUUAACAAUUUAAACAGAAAAAUCCAAAGAAGGGAGCCGUUCUCGAUGCACUUAUGGUGUUUGAAUCAAUUGUAUCAAUUUAGUUUAUAAAAAUACUCCCCCCCCCUCCCACCAAUUCAGUGCUAAAUAAAAAUUAACAACAAAAUUUGGAGAAAAUUUGACGCGUACUAUAUUUGAAAAACCAACAAAGCACCAGACAUUAGAUCUACAACAUUUUAAAUUAUAAGUUCUGUUACUUUAGUAUUUACAAGUUUUGUUUACGUUCAAAAUGAUAAAUGAUGUCCUAGAAUUCGGCGGUCCAGAUGUUGACCUUCUUUGCCUGUACAAAAAGGAAGGCCGUGGACGUCGCAAACAAUGCAUUCCGAUUUCAAGUUACACACUGGAACGUGAAAUACAGCUAGAACAAUAACAAAAACACAUUUAUUUUAAUACCCAAAGAAAAUAUAUUGUUUUUUUUGUUCUUCUUUUUCCCCCACUGAGCCGAUAGUUCAAUCAAAAAAAGACAAUUUAAAAUAUGGUGAGACGCUUACAUGAAAAAUACAAAUUGUUUUAGGGAGCCCGCUUCAUCAGUGGCCCACUCCCCGUGCCGCGGGAAGGCGACGCUGUGACCAGUCAACUCCCGUGCCUAACCAAGCCAUGUGUGGAGACAAGCGGCUACAUCUUAAACAAGAUGGACUUUUCUGUCAACCCUUGUGAUGAUCUGUAUCUCUACUCUUGCGGUGGACUCCAUGCCAAGACGAAAAUUCCUAGAAAAGAGUUCGUUAAUUUGUACUCAGAAGCAGAUGGUCGGCUUUUUUUGAGGUUACAAAAGGUAAUUUUGAUUUAAAAUAAAAUGAUUUGCAUUAACCUUCAACGGCGAAACAGGACUACUGGUACAUUUAGAUACGCUUCAAGUAUCAUUCAAGAAAUGUUUUCGAAAGUGUUUUUUUUUUUUAAUUUUUAAAAUUUGUAAAUUUCUUUGCAGAUUUUGUCCUCCAAUGAUACUGAGCUAUUUGGCAAGAAAUCAAGCGCUGUUUUCAAGAUGAAAACAUUUUAUCAAAUGUGUAUGGAUGAAAAGGAUCUGGAGGAGAAGAAUACGUCCAGGGUGUUACAGGUAAUUAGAUCUGUAUUGUUGAUAAAGUUAUGCAUAUUGUUUAAAAUUUUUCAUAGAUGAGUGUCUUAUAUGACAACCUGUGGUAAGAACUUUUAUUACAUGACAAUUUCGGGUAAAAAAAAUUCUCACAGGAGUUCUUAUUUAUUAUACUUACUUACGUACUGAUGACUUUCUACCCCGUCUGGGGCAAAGGUGGUCUACAAGAACUUUCCACUCAUCACGGUCCUGUGCUUUCCGUUCCAAUUGCUUCCAGGUGUAUCCCAUAUUUUGUGUGACUGCCUCUAGCUCGUGUCUCCAUGUAUUCUGAGGCCUUCCUCUCUUUCUUUUCCCCUGUGGGUUUUAUGUUAGGCAUUGUCUGGUGAUGUUAUCUGGGGGUUUUCGGAGCGUAUCCCCUACGCAACUCCACCUUUUCUUUAUGAUAUCUUCAUCAAUGGGCACCUGGUAUGUCCUUUCUAGUAGAUCUUUGUUAUUGAUAGUAUUUUGCCAUUUGAUGUUCAGGAUCUUUCUAAGGCAUGUGUUUAUGAAUAUCUCCACUUUCUGCAUAAGGCUCACUGUUGUUUUCCAUAUAGUAGGACUGUUUUGACAUUUGUAUUAAAGAUUUUGACUUUGGUUUGCAGGUUCAGCUCCUUCGACUCCCAUAUUUUCUUUAAUAGCACAAAUUCUGAUCUAGCCUUUCCAAUUCUGGCCCUUACGUCAGCAUCGGAUCCGCCAUUUCUGUCUAUGGUGCUGCCUAAGUCAUUGAAGGACUCCACUUCUUCCAGUGCCUUUCCUGCCAGACAAAUAUGCUCUUGGUUGGAUGGGUUUACCUUCAUGAUUUUUGUCUUGCUUUUAUUUUUAUUUAGACCAAGAUGUGCUGAAAAGGUGACUACGUCUUUUUUCUUUUCCUGCAUUUGCUUCUGGUUGUGGGACAGAAGUGCAAUGUAGUCUGCAAAGUCUAAAUCAUUCAGUUGUUCCCAGAGUGUCCACUGUAUCCCUUUUCUCUUUUUGUCUGUGCAUUUUUUUCAUUAUCCAUUCAAUUGCAAGGGUGAAAAGAAAUGGGGACAAGAGGCACCCUUGUCUGACUCCUGUUUUGACUGUACAGGAAUCUGUGAGUCUACCUUCUUGGAUCACACUGCAUGUCAUUUCUUUAUAAGAGCUCUGAAUGACCCAGACUAGUUUCCCCGGUACUCCAUAGUGCCGAAGAAGUUUCCACAAGGUUUGACGGUCCAGGCAAUCAAAGGCCUUUUCUUAGUCUUUAAAAUUUAUAUAUAGGGGGAGUUCCAUUCGAUGGACUGUUCUACAAUGAUUCUUACUGAUGCAAUUUGAUCGGUGCAUGAUCUGUUUUGGCGGAAGCCGGCCUGUUGAUCUCGUAGCUGCAUGCCGACCUGUUCUUUCAUUCUGUUCAAAAUAAUUCUAUUAAAGACCUUUCCUGGUACAGAUAGCAGUGUGAUUAUUCUGUAAUUUGCACAAUUGCUAAGAUCCCCUUUCUUUGGUAUCUUGAUUAGGUAUCCUUCUUUCAAAUCUUUUGGAACUCUCUCUUUUUCCCAUAUCUUUUCAAACAGAGGGUGGAGCAUAUUGACUUUUGUACAUAUAUCAGCUCUCAUCAUGACUGCUGUGAUGUUAUCGGGUCUUGGCGCUUUCCCUAUUUUGAGCUGCUUGCUGGCGAGAGCUAUUUCUUCCUUAACACGAAGUUCUAGUAGGAUUAAUUUCCUUACACUUGAACGUCAGCUGAAACUUAGAUAACAUUUUUGUAUUUUAAAAAAAAUCAAAUAAAUCUGUCUGACAUUUACUUUGUCAUUCUCCAUGUUUUGCUGGGACGUAAUAUCUGUGAUAUUUCUCUGUCAUAUAUAAUCUCUGUCUCUCUGGAAAUGGACAUCAGGGAUAUUUUUCUGUGUCAUUCUCCAUGUUUUUUCUGGAAAUAAAAUCGUUUGGGGACGACGAGUUUUCCACAGGAGCUGAGUUUCUGGACCCAGACCAUGGAACCAGAUAUUUAUUUUGUUAAAUGUUUUGUUCAAAAGAAAUUUUAAAUAUGCUGAGAAAUGAAUUGAAUUAUGUGAUAGUAUCACGAAUGUCACAGGUCAUCAGCUAUCUCGGUUCCUGGACUUUGUCCAACGUCGGUGUUGUUCCUUUUGACAAGCGGAAAUGGAGUCUUCAGACAACGCUGACAAAACUCCACAAGAUGGGAUUCAGCUUGUUCUUCAGCUUAGAACACCAGGAAGUCCUCAAUACAGAAACUAAAAGACUGAUGAAACUAUUGCUCGUAAGUAGUCAGCUGAUUAUAUGUCAAUGUUUAAUGCACGUAGCUAGUCAGCUUAUUACAUGUCAAUGUGUACAGCAUGUAGCUAGUCAGCUUAUUACAUGCCAAUGUGUACAGCAUGUAGCUAGUCAGCUUAUUACAUGUCAAUGUGUACAGCAUGUAGCUAGUCAGCUUAUUAAAUGUCAAUGUGUAAAGCAUGUAGCUAGUCAGUUUAUUACAUGUCAAUGUGUACAGCCUGUAGCUAGUCAGCUUAUUACAUGUCAAUUGUACAGCAUGUAGCUUGUAAGCUUAUUACAUAUCAAUGUGAACAGCAUGUAGCUAGUCGGCUUAUUACAUCUCAAUGUGUACAGCAUGUAGCUAGUCAGCUUAUUACAUCUCAAUGUGUACAGCAUGUAGGUAGCAAGACUCCUACGAGCUCACCGUAACCCACCCUCCCCCUUCCCCGGAUGACUCGAUGGUCCUAGUCGAUUUCGACCGACCGACGAACAACAACAACAUGCCAAUUUUUAAUGCAAUGUGGGUAGUCGGCUUAUUACAUGUCAACGUAUAAUGCAUGUAGGUAGUCGGCUUAUUACAUGUCAAUGUAUAUUGCAUGUAGGUAGUCGGCUUAUUACAUAUCAAUGUAUAUUGCAUGUAGGUAGUCGGCUUAUUACAUAUCAAUGUAUAUUGCAUGUAGGUAGUCGGCUUAUUACAUGUCAAUGUAUAUUGCAUGUAGGUAGUCGGCUUAUUACAUGUCAACGUAUAAUGCAUGUAGGUAGUCGGCUUAUUACAUGUCAAUGUAUAUUGCAUGUAGGUAGUCGGCUUAUUACAUAUCAAUGUAUAUUGCAUGUAGGUAGUCGGCUUAUUACAUGUCAAUGUAUAUUGCAUGUAGGUAGUCGGCUUAUUACAUGUCAACGUAUAAUGCAUGUAGGUAGUCGGCUUAUUACAUGUCAAUGUAUAUUGCAUGUAGGUAGUCGGCUUAUUACAUGUCAAUGUAUAUUGUAUGUAGGUAGUCUGCUUAUUACAUAUCAAUGUAUAUUGUAUGUAGGUAGUCGGCUUAUUACAUGUCAAUGUAUAUUGCAUGUAGGUAGUCGGCUUAUUACAUGUCAACGUAUAAUGCAUGUAGGUAGUCGGCUUAUUACAUGUCAAUGUAUAUUGCAUGUAGGUAGUCGGCUUAUUACAUGUCAAUUGUACAGCAUGUAGCUUGUAAGCUUAUUACAUCUCAAUGUGCACAGCAUGUAGCUAGUCAGCUUAUUACAUCUCAAUGUGUACAGCAUGAAGCUAGUCAGCUUAUUACAUCUCAAUGUGUACAGCAUGUAGCUAGUCAGCUUAUUAUAUCUCAAUGUGUACAGCAUGUAGGUAGCAAGACUCCUACGAGCUCACCGUAACCCACCCCCCCCCCCCACCCGGAUGACUCGAUGGUCCUAGUCGAUUUCGACCGACGGACGAACAACAACAACAUGCCACUUUUUGAUGCAAUGUGGGUAGUCGGCUUAUUACAUGUCAAUUUAUAUUGUAGGUAGGUAGUCGGCUUAUUCUAUGUCAAUGUAUAUUGUAGGUAGGUAGUCGGCUUAUUAAAUGUCAAUGUAUAUUGCAUGGAGGUAGUCGGCUUAUUACAUGUCAAUGUAUAUUGCAUGUAGGUAGUCGGCUUAUUAAAUGUCAAUGUAUAUUGCAUGUAGGUAGUCGGCUUAUUACAUGUCAAUGUAUAUUGCAUGUAGGUAGUCGGCUUACUAAAUGUCAAUGUAUAUUGCAUGGAGGUAGUCAACUUAUUACAUGUCAAUGUUUAUUGCAUGAAGGUAGUCAACUUAUUUCAUGUCAAUUUUCAUUGCAUGAAGGUAGUCAAAUUAUUACAUGUCAAUGUUUAUUGCAUGAAGGUAGUCAGCUUAUUACAUUUCAAUGUUUAUUGCAUGUAGGUAGUCAACUUAUUACAUGUCAAUGUUUAAUGCAUGGAGGUAGUCAACUUAUUACAUGUCAACAUUUAUUGCAUGAAGGUUAUCAACUUAUUACAUGUCAAUGUUUAAUGUAUGGAGGUUGUCAACUUAUUACAUGUCAAUGUUUAUUGCUCGAAGGUAGUCAACUUAUUUAAUGUCAUUUUUUAUUGCAUGAAGGUAGUUAACUUAUUACAUGUCAAUGUUUAUUGCUCGAAGCUAGUCAACUUAUUACAUGUCAAUGUUUAUUGCUCGAAGGUAGUCAACUUAUUUCAUGUCAAUGUUUAUUGCAUGAAGGUAGUCAGCUUAUGACAGUUAUUGUCUACUGAUAUAUUGUUUAUCAGCUGAUAUUUUAAAGUUUAAGAAAACUAAAGUUUUAAAAUUACCAAGAAAUUAUUAGGAAAUCUUACAGUUAAUUGGUUGACAAUGUGUAAUGCUAAUUGUUGUCCUGUUUCCUAAAAUAUUUCAGUUCAAGCCAUAUGAUCCAACCACAUACAUGAGUUUGUACUUAGCUGCCCCACACUAUCGUGCGUAUGUGAUUGAUAGCAUAAUGAGAAAGGCGCAUACAUUGGGUGGAAGCCCUUGGAACAUCCAAUCAAAAGCUGAGGCGGUACUCAAUUUUUUUGAUUCCCUGGUAGGUUGUGACGUCACAGAUCUAUCUUUAAAGUUAUAACAUAUUUGAACCACGUGGCAUCGCAGAUCUAUCUUUAGGUUUAUAACAUAUAUGAACCACGUGCCUUUCAAUAAUCUUGAGUCAAUUUAAUUUUAUCGUUAAUAAUGAUACGAAAUGAACGAGUUAAGAUUCUCUCCUUUGUGAAAUAGUUCAUAAAACUUGUUGGUUGUCUUUUCGCUUCAUUUUACACACGUCGUUGAAAUACAGCGAGCGUUCAAUUGUUUCUAGGUUACAAAUAGUAAAAGAGAGAUGUGUCACUUUUCCAAAUACUUAAAGUCAAUUACAUUCAUCUUUAUAAUAUGUCAAUUUUAUACUGUACUAAUCAAGUGCAAUAAGUAAGAAAGUCCUUAUUUAUACCGUGCUCCAUAUGGACAGCAGGUCACAAUGAUCAUUAAAUAUCCCGUGGGACUUCUUAAAAUUUCACCCUAAGUCAUUCAGUUGAUCAUUUCAGUGUCGCUAGCUUCACAGCUCUCAUGAGGCAGUAUUUGUCUCUUUAGUUCAUUUUGACAAUGUUUGAGACAAAGAGAAGAAUUACAACUACACGCACACUAGCUGUUGUCAUUAUGAUGAAAAAAAUCAGACAGAAGUUCGCAUCUGCCGAGUGUCCUACCUUACAGUUUAUUUUCCAGGUAUUCAAACAACAUCUUGAGACAACGGAACCGGUCACCAUCGACUCUUUGCAGCAAAAAAUGGGUUCUUUGGUAUGUGAAUUUUCGGUUUAAUGAGAACUAAAAGAGUUAAAACAAUUUAAUACAAAGACUUGUUUAGUCCGCUACCUGGACGGGGGUAACGCUUUUAAGAUUAGGACUUCAUAAAUAUUGUAGAAUGUUUAGAAACUUUAGAUCGGUGAACAGGAAUCAAACUUUCAGUGGAAUAUUUUAAAAGCAUCCUUUCCCCUUUAACUGCUGCAUAUUUUGAUCCUCUUAGCUGGAUGUGAAGCAGUACCUCAGAGAGACGUUUGGCGUUGAAGUAGGUUCAGAUGAAAAUUCGACGUACUGUUCUGACCCUGGAUAUUUCGAUUCAUUAGGAAACGCUUUUAAAAAAUUUGACAGCGAGUAA